AUCUGUGAACCUGGUUACCGCUGAUUUAUUACCGUUGGAGUUGCAUGAGUGAGAAGAGCAAUUGAGAAAGUUGAUCUGUUUUGAAGGUUAAUCGGCAGUGAUAUUCAGGAUGUGCAGAUUAUUUACUUGUAUUUUAUUAACCUUUCUUAUGUUGUUCUGUAUGUAUAAUAUCACGCAUGGACUUGAUAGUUCUAUAUCUCAAAAUGAGAGGAGUUGGGAUACGUUAAAUCACAGUGUAAACAUAAAAAUUGCAGAAAGAAGUAAACGAAACACGCCCAGAAAAAAACUGAUUGAGGAAGGGGAUUGUACCGACGAAAUUAAAAGACUAUGUGGAACAUUGCCUGCAAAUAGUGAUGACUUAUUUGUUUUGGAGUGUAUUCAGUCUUUUAAGGAAAACCAGCUGACAAAUAUAAAUUUGAAGUGUCAGCAUGUAAUAUGGGAACACACUUUAGAGCUGAUGAAGGAUGAAAAUGUUCAAGAAUUAUCACGACAUGCUUGUGGCAAUGAGCUAAGCGAGCUAGGGUGUAGUGCAACAGGGCAAAUUGGAGUCUUACUGUCAUGUAUGAUAGACAAUCGUGAGAGGAUUAAAAAUGGACUAUGCCAGACGUUCAUCCAGCGUUUGGAAUGGGCGGCCUUUAGCGAUUUCCGAAUAAUCACCCACUUUACUACAGAUUGUGAAAGUGAUAUUAAAAACACUGAAUGUGGUCGCCUACAGCCAGAAAAGUCUCUCUCCCAAGGACAAACACUGCUCUGCCUCCAACAGCAUGUAGAAACAUUGGAACCUGCUUGCCUGAAACAAGUUUUGUACUUGUCUGAGCUACAAGCUGAUGACGUGAAGUUUGAUCGGCAGUUAUAUUUGGAUUGUACAGAUGACCACUUGCGUUUCUGUCCAGAUGUAGCUCCAGGAAGUGGAAAAGUUUAUAAGUGCCUGUUGCAAUAUAAAAUGGACAGGACAAUGAGCUCUAAGUGCCAAGAACAUCUGAUACGUCGUGAGAUUCUGAUUGCACGCGAUUACAAGGUCAGCACAGGUCUUGCAAAGGUAUGCAAGGAUGCUAUCAGAGCCUCUCACUGUCGCCAUUAUGUGUCCGAAGAUAAGGAUAUACGUCUUGCACAGAUCUUACUGUGUCUGGAAGGAGUAAUCCGUAAUGGUACCAAGGUAUCACGCGACUGCCAUCUGGAGAUGAUAGAGCAUCGCAAAAUUCUCUUGGAAGAUUACCGCUUGUCUCCUGAAAUUGUGACACACUGUUCUGAUGACAUCGUCAAGUUCUGUAACACACUGGAAGUUGGUGGCAAAACGAUUCAUUGCCUGAUGGAACAUACAAGGCUGAAGAGGCGAAAAGGACGGAUUUCACCACAAUGUCAGAGAGCACUUGAGUCCCUAGUGAAGCGUGUGGAUGCUGGUGAAGACUGGCGAGUGGAUCCUGUGCUGCGAGAAGCUUGCAAAUCUGUUGUUGAUGUGGCCUGCAGUGAAGUCCGGGGAGGAAAUGCAAGAGUUAUGUCUUGCCUAAUGGAAAAACUUGGAACUGAUCAUAUGACUGAAGCUUGUGAAGCAGCAUUACUACAGAUACAAUACUUUAUAGCCCGUGACUUCAGCUUAGAUCCCCAGUUGUAUCAAGAAUGUCAUGACAAUGCUGUUCAGUUUUGUCAUGCAAAGAAAGAUUGGGCAGAUGACAGUGGGCAGAUGGACCCAGAGAGAGGACCCUUGGUGCUUCCAUGUUUAUACAGAUAUGCCUACCAUGCACAGAAGAAAAUGCAGUUGAGACCAGGUUGUCUGGAGGAGAUACGGCGUGUGAUGCGACAACGAGCUGUCAGUGUGGAUCUGCAACCAGAGUUGGAGGAGGUGUGUCUUGAUGAUUUGGCUUCACUUUGCCCUGGUAAGACAGGAAAGGGUGAAGAAAUGGUAUGCCUGCAAGACAAGUUAGAGGAACUUCAUCCACAGUGCCGUGCAGCAGUGGCCAACUUCACAGAGGUGCAAGCAGAACAUGUGGAACUGAAUCCAGUCAUAAUGUCUGUUUGCCAGGGUGUAAUGGAGAGGCACUGUAAAGCUGAACUCAAGAUGGGAAAUGAUGAGGGAGACAUUAUGGAGUGUCUGAUUGAGCACAAAAAUGAACCAGAUGUGAGAACAGACUACAAAUGUCGCGCUGCUGUUGAACAUUUCCAGCUUAUCUCCCUCAAAAGCUACCACUUCACAUACAAGUUCAAAGAAGCAUGCCGUUUACAUGUAAAGCGGUAUUGCCCUACAUCCAGGACCAAGUCUGAUGUGAUAUUUUGCCUCAGUGAAGAAGUGCGGAAUGAUACUCUUCGAGAUGCAAAACACUCAAUUUCUAAGGAGUGCCGUCAACAGCUAAGGGCUCAAUUAUUUCAACAGAGAGAAAAUGUAGACCUUGAUCCAAAACUUAAAAGAGUAUGUGUUGAUGAUAUACAGAAAUUCUGUGCAGACAUUCAAAAAGGACGUGCUCAGGUGUUGGAGUGUCUCCAGGUGAAUAAGGCCGAACUAUCAGAGGAUUGUCAUCGAGUAAUUUUCAAUGUUGUGAAGCAGGAACUUCGGGAUAGCUCUGUGGAUUACACGCUUUUGACAACAUGUAGGCAAAUGGUUCGUCUUUUCUGCCAUGAGGAGGAUCCGUCACAAGCUCUUAUAUGUCUUAAGCGGUAUAAAGAUGAAUCUUCAUUUGACCCAAAGUGCAGACAGGUAGUAGUGCAUCGUAUGAUUGAGCAGAGCCAUGAUUAUCGUUUCAACCCGUUGUUACAAGAGGGCUGCCGUAUUGACAUUUCAAAGUUUUGCUCUGAAGUCAUUGCUACAGAGCCACAAGAUAAGGAGUUGGAAGGAAAAGUUGUUAAGUGUUUGAAGAAAAAAUUUCGGGAGAGUAAACUAAGAUUAGAGUGUGAACAACAGGUAGCUACAGUUCUACGUGAAGCAGCACUCAAUUAUCAGUUGAACCCUCUUCUAGUAACGAUGUGCAAGAACGAGAUAGAAACAAUGUGCCAGUUGGAUGAUGGUACAGAGGAUGGCUCAGGUGCAGUGGAGGAAUGUCUGAAGAUGGCUUUCAAUAAUCACCGCAUAUUGAAUUCUGGUUGCAAGCAGGAAAUUGCAAGUCUUAUUGAAGAGGCAAAGGCUGACAUACAUGUGGACCCUUUGCUGCAUCAGGCUUGUGGCAUAGAUGUAUCCAAAUUCUGUCAGGACAUACCACAGGGAGCUGGUCGCCACAUACAGUGCCUGCAAAAUGCAUUGAGGGACCCAUCCAAGUCAUUACAACAUGACUGUUAUGUCAUGCUGACAAAAAGGAUAGAAAUGUUUAAGAAUGCUGAUUCCGUAAUGGAGCCAGAAACAAUUGAAGAACUGUACGCUCAGAUGUCUCACUCACCUGCCAAAAGAUAUUUUUUUGUAGUUAUUGUGACUGCAGUGGGUGUUAUCUUCAUUGCCGGACUAUUCUGUGGUCGCACAUUGCGACGAACAUUGACGAUGAAAAAUAAAUAGUAUAUUUUACAUGUUUUGUAAAAUAAUAAGGUGUGUGGGGAAAAUGAAAAACAUGAUGCAGCAAACACUUUAAGUGUGCAGCCAUUGGUGUCUUUGAAGAACUGCUCAUGUAAGAGAUCCUGAGAAGUUAAAUUACAUAUCUGUGAUUCUGUUGUUUUUAUACACAAAAAUUUUGUUCCUUAAUGUUGUACUGUGUUGUAGGGUCCCAAGUCCCUUUUGUCAGGUCCCUUGUGUAAAUGCAGUUAUUUUUAUUAAUGACUGAAUAAUUUCCAAGUUAUGCAGAACAGAAUUCUGUUUUAGGAGGAAAUAUUAAUACUGCACAGAUUUAGCAAUGGAAGGAUAAGCUGUAGGGUUCUGAUGAUGGUAUGAUAUAGUCAGGUCCAUUGUCCAAAUUUAAAAUGCAUACAACCUUUUGGAAACUGGAUCCCCUUUUGUCUUAAGGUGUAUGGGGCAGGGACAUCUACUCUGUUGGGUCUGAUAGAAGGAGCUAGUCUCAAUCAUAGAUCCAGUGAUUGAGGAUAGGUGUUUCUAUUGGACCCAACUGAGUAGGUGCCCCUGCUCCAUACACCCGAAGACAAAAAAGGGUCCAGUUUUCCAAAUGUCAUAUACAUUUCAACUUUGGACGAUGGACAAAGUCCAAAAACCCAAUAAACCCGAAAGGAUAGUUGCUGGUAUUGGAGUUUAUAUAAAUUUGAAAUGUCAUUGUUUGAAAGUUCUAAUUUGAUAUUUGAAUGCUGUAAACAGCUUUUAAAUCUGUACCCAGCACCUAUAGUAUCAAAUCAUCCAACCAACCCCCCUCACAAAUCACCCAUUUGUAUGAAGUUUAGUGAAAACUGUUACUACUUUCAAACUCUGUAUCUAAUUUUCUGAACCAAACAUGCAAAAUCUGUUAUGACUGAAAUGGUAAUAUGAGGCUGUGAAUGAUGAAAGAGCUGAUGUAUGCAAUGUUGGUUACUUCUUUUAAAUCAAGCUAUCAAGAAUAUAGGGUGUCCAUAAAUUAUUCACCCCAUUGUAAGCCAUAACAAAUUCGGUAUUUUAGGAUCUAUCUUAAAACGGUUUGCAGUAAUUAAUAACACAACUUGAAAUUUUUGUUUUAAUUAAGUAGACUACCGCAGUUAAGUCAGGACUUCAGUAAACUUCCACGUGAGCCCCAUUAGUAGCACGCAGAAUAUCAAGGCGAUAGAUGAUUUCGUUCCAAACAUUAAGAAGUUUGUCUUGCGUGAUGGAAGCUAAUAUCUCUUCAAUCCGGUGUUUUAAUUCUGUGAUGUUUUUAACAUUCUUUGCAUACGCUGUCUUUAUGUAGCUUGAUAAGAAGAUAUCCGGGCAGUGGGGAGACCAUGGAAUAGGGCCAUCUCGCCCAAUCCAACAAGAAGGUAACUUUUCAUUGAGGAACCUGCGCACUUCUAAUCCCCAGUGUGGCGGUGCCCCAUCUUGCUGAAAGAACAUAUGGGGCUGCAUAUCCUCAAGCUGAGGUGCAGCAUAUGAUUCAAUUAACGUUUUGGCAGGAAUUGUUAGUGACAUGCUUAUUGGUCCACACAUGCUUCCAUCACGUCUAAGAGGACCUUCAUAUCGGCGAUUCUUAAGAAGACACUUGCCACAUCUCCUUGAAGAUGUACCAUUGAAUACAAGAAGACAAAUGUGAUUUAUGCACAAUGGAGCCCCAGCACACUUUUUCCGUCGCGUCAGAGACCAUCUCAACGAACAGUACCCUCAACGAUGGAUUGGACGCGGUGGCCCAGUAGCAUGGCCACCGGACCCGACUCCAUUGAACUUUUAUCUGUGGGGUAACUUGAAGUCCAUCAUUUAUGCAACAGACAUAAACAAUGAAGGCGACCUAUGGAAACGAGCACAGAAUGCAUGCCAGAUGAUUCGAGGAAACCCUGGUGUGUACGAAUGAAUCCGUGAGUCUUGUGUACAUCGUGCUUGGAUAUGUGUGUAGAAUGGAGGAGCAAUUUCAGCAUCUGUUAUAAAGAAACAUCUCUGUCCUUAUACUUGGCAAUAAAGGCAUACAUUGAAACUUA